UGGUGUUGUGGCACAAAGCGAUCGGAAUCGCAAGUGCCCGUUGGCUGUUGUUAUACAAUUGUUACAUUAUGAAAAAAAUAAGUUUGUGACAUUUAGCAUUUAAAAAGUAAUUAACAAUGGCAUCUGAUAAAUCUGGCAGUUCAAACACUGCACUUCCAUCAAACGUUCAAAUAAAAGUUGAACCUGGAACAUCGAUGCCUGUAACCUUAAAAAAUAUUAAAACAGAACCUGGUCUAUCAACUAGUACAACCAGAUUAACUUCUUUUCGUGUACCAAGAGAUUUAACGUUAGGAGGUAACAUUAAGACUGAGAAAUCCAAGAAAAUAUAUACACCAAACUUAAAUGCUCAGAGAAUAAAAAAGAAAGAAGAUGCAUCACAAAAUGAUCCUGCAAGAUCAGUUAGAAAUAGGGAUCAUAAUAGAGGACGUGGCAGGGGUAAUAGAUCUGAUAGAGGCCGUGGUAAAACAUCCAGCAAUCUAAUUCAGUCUAGUGGUGUUUGGUCUACUGGAAUAACAAAUGAAGCAACAAAACGCCACAGCAGUGGUGGUGGUGGUGGUGGUGGUGGUUCUAGAGAUACUGGCAAAAGUUCUCAGAUGAGUUUAGAGAAACCAAAAUUAGAUCUAAAUCGCAAAAUUGAUAAAGCUGAUGAAGAAGAAAAGUUGAAAUUAUUGUUAAGGGAUGAUUUUAUAGAUGAUGGAGAACCCUUAAUUCUUGAGAAUAGUCCUGUUAUAUUGCCAAUGGUUAAAGAAGCAAAAUUGUAUAAAGAAGAAGUUAAGGUAAAAGUUGAAAAAGAAGAAGAAAUAGAUAGGAAGCCAAUCAUUUUAGAAAAUGGAGAGGUACUACCACCAAAAAAGGAACCUAUACUAAAGAUAUGUAAAUCUGACACAGAAGUAAAAAAUAAAUUUUCACAGAGCAUUCCCCAAAUCAUUGAAAACAAAACAAAUUCUUACAUUUUGAUGCAGUUUCCAGAUUGCUUACCGGGUUUGAUGAGCAGUGCGGAUGAUACUAGACCAAAUCGUUCAAAUACCUCGAAUUUUGAAAAAGAAAACGAAAAUAAAUCCGAAACAGAAAUGUGUACUCUGAAUAGUUUAAAGCCUGGUAUUCUGGGCAAGUUACAAAUUUUGAAAUCUGGUAAAACGCGCUUAUUGUUGGGUGAAAAUAACUUAAUUGUAGAUGUUGGAUCGGAUCUAAGUUUUCGACAAGAUCUCAUCGCGGCGAAAGUAGACAACGAAAAAUUAAGUGGUGACCUAAUUAAUCUCGGACCAGUCAGUAGUACACUCAUAUGUUCACCGGAUUGGGAAUCUAUGCUGGCCAAAUUGUAGAUAUAUUUAUACUAUUUAUAAAUUUUGUUGAAUUAAUGAUACAUGAUGAUUAAUCUAUUGUACAGUAUGAACUGCUUUUUUUUCUUGUUGAAAAUCACGUAUUUUAAAUAAUUCGAUAUGCGUAGAACUUGCAUCACGUACAAGUUCAAUAGUAACUCAGAAGUCUAAAUAAAUUUAGAGUUAUUUUAGAUUAA